AUGGUGAGGCUGAAUGACUGGGCAGAACCCAUGCACAAACCCACCCAGGAGCUGGAGCCAAUAGAACAUCAUCACCCUCGCCUCGAUAAUCCUCUUGACUGGGACGAGAUUGGCGACAUCGGCCAUCCCGAUCCCGAGUACGCCGAGUUUGGCUUUCACGACUUUGCAAAGGAGUGGAAAGACAGGAUCCUACCAUGGUACAGCUUCCGUGACAGUACGGGCCAAGCAGGGCGAAUAAGCGAUAUUGCGUCGUUCUUGCGCACAUGGCUCUUCUUUGGGCUUCUGAAGGAGGUUCUUGGAGAAGAUCUCGGUUCUGUCCAGCAUCUGAAGACCAAGGGGCGCAUCGACAAAGGCAAGGUAGUGAGACAGAUUGAGGAAUGGAGAAGACGAGAAGUUGAAACUCCGGCUGGCCGAACGAGCCGCCUAGCCCGAGUCCAGCUCGUCUUGACUGAAGCUCGAUCUCUAGUAACAGAGAUAUGCUCCGUUGACGAAGUUGCCGAUACACAUAUCGAUCCGGGAAACAAGGAUAUUCCUCUAUCACUGAUGGUCUUGGGAGAAAUGCUCACAGGGUACACGACCAGAUUACUGUUGGAACUGAAAGAGGUUCGGAUCCGAGGAUGGCAUAUCGACGGCAACAGAGGCUGGGGUCAGACAUCUGCGGUUUUGAAGACCAUGAAGGAGCGGUGGAACCGAGACACGGUCCGAAUGCUCAAUGGCUCACUCGGGGGCCAUGCAACAGCGCAAUUAUAUGCUCUACAUCUGACGGCCGGCUCAAAUUCCCCACAAACCUCCCCUCAGGGCUGGGAUGUUAAUGGCAAGGGGUAUAACCAGGCACACAGCGACACCUGCGACCUCAACGACAAUGAAGACCUAAUUGGACCUGACCAGAAUAAACUGGCCGAGGUUAUCGAACGAGGCAAGAUCCCCUUGGUCAAGUACUCUUCUUCAUCGGGGAAAAUGGAGAUUCUAGAGUUUGAGCCGGGAACGAGGUACGCCAUCAUCUCUCACGUCUGGGCAGAUGGAUACGGCAACCCCAAGGAGAACAAGAUUCACAGAUGCGUCCUCGAAUUCUUUAACGAUUUAUUUCUUGACACGCAAAAUCUCCUACGUCGAAAGGAUCCAGAUCCAGAGCUCCCCUUCUGGAUUGACACCUUGACAAUCCCCGUCAAUAACCCUGUUCAACGAAAACGGGCAAUCAUGACCAUGCACCACGCCUACACAAACGCAGACUUUAUGGUGAUUAUUGACUCGGCUCUGGCAAAGAUGGAAGUGGGCAAGUCGUACUCAGAAACCGCCAUGAAGAUCUUUACAAGCCGCUGGAUAGGAAGGCUGUGGACUCUGCAGGAGGCGUAUUUAAGCAAGAAGCUGAUCUUUCGAUUCGACAAAAAUGAACUUGUGGAUAUGGAUCAGCUUGAGAGUAACUUCUUUACCAGCCACACACUCGCAGACUCGAUGGUGGCCGGGAAAGCUCGCAAGUACUUUGACAGGCUGCUUGGUUGGCAGAGGCAGAAGAGGAUCUACGGCGUCCCCAUAUAUGACAGCGUACUACUUGCGUCUGUGUGGGAGGCUGUUCAGUGGCGCACGACGAGCCUAGUCGUUCACGAGACGCAGGCUUUGGCUACUCUAUUUGAGAUUGAAGUCGACUUCCCUGAUGACUUUGAUCACACUUCAUGCGGUCCGCAAUGCGGCGAGGCAUCGACAGGUCCGUGUCGAGAGAAUCUCGAUAAGAGGAUGACAUGUUUCCUCGAGUCGCUUUACGAUGCUUACCCAAACUCUAUCCCGCCAGGAAUCAUCUUUGUGCCUGGAAGAAGACUUGCUGUCGAGGGCUUUGGAUGGGCUCCCUGCACUUGGAUGGUUGGGCAGAACGUGGGUCACGAUGACCCCAUCUUUACCCAUACAACUGCAGCCGAGUUGACCCUGAACGGUUUGCUUGUUCGAUACCCAGGUUUCCUCCUUCGCUCAUCUGAGAAUCGUAUAUACGAUCCCGUGGAGCAAAAGUUCGCGUUUCCCUGCGAUAUCCUCUUGCUUGAAUGGUACUGCGUCCAACCAUGCGACGACAAGACGGAAACGCUGCCCAACAUGGAUAGCCUAGCCAUAAUAUCCUCAAAGGAGGAAGUUAGAGAGGAUAAAGUGAUAGCUCUUCUUGUUUCAGUCAAAAAGACAAGGCGUCCGAAGCUGUACGUGGAGAUUCUACAGCGCGUCUGGAUCUGGAGGGAGAGGGACCAGGCAAGGAUUGAGGAGCUGAGAAGGACGUUUUGGGAUCACAAGGUUUCUGUUUGUGAGUACGGCGAGAUCUUGAACGGCGAUCAGCAGUGGUGUAUAGGGAAGCAUAGGUGGGACCCUGCAAGGCUGGAGGAGGGCAACCAUCUUGAUAGUACUCUGAGUCCCCUUUGA